AGAGCUCUCCAGUUUCACAUGCAUUCAUCACACAUGUAUUUUUUUUUGGAUCCCGUUUGGAUCUGUUAAUGCUGUAGAUAACUGUAGUUUGUGUCACACAAGUACGCACGAAUUCUCCUCAAAUUUUGUAUUCCCUGAUGGUGUAACUGUAUUUACUGAAACAAUAGAGAGACUCACAGAAGUGCAAGAGUUUUAAUCGAUCUUUUAUGUCUUUUGGUGUUCCUACUGCUGAAAAUAAUGGAUUCUUUUCCUACACCCUUACAAUAUAAUCCCUCAGGCACGGAAAAAGAAGAAGCAUGGUGGCGAUACUUGGACAAGGAGACAUUGAAAAAGGCUAGGCCCAACCUCGUGGCGGACAACAAAGGACGUAAUUUACUUGUGAAGAUUGAUUCCCCUUUCAGUGACCAGAGCUCGGUCAUACGAGUUUUUCCCCCGUGGCAUUGGCUGCCGCGCUCGGGCAUUGCGAGGGUCGCACUGCAGAGCGCCAGCGUGCCACGACCCGCAUGCAGCGAACUGCACUGCCCGGCAGAAACGGACUCUGAGAGGGAAGGGGUCUCAUUAUGUGUUAGUUCUGUUGAAAAUGCUGUGGUUGCCAUUCCUCCAUUGAAGAACAUGGGACUAGAAGGCUUGCAAAAAGUAUCACCUGUUUGCCCCCACUGUCGGCAAGUUUUUCCUUCGCCAUUUCAUCUAUUAGAACAUGCGACAACCUGCACAAUGUUGACUGCGCAACAGGCUUGUAAAUCAAACUGCUGUUGUCCUCCAAGUGAAGAUGCACCGUUACCUUUGAAAUUUGAUAGACAUAGAAGAGAAAUAUACACCAAGCAAUGCAUUCAUGGGGUUUGUAAUUCAGAUCUGAACAAACAAGAGGAAAUUAAACAAGCAAAGUGUGUUCACAAAGAUGAAUUGCCAUUUUCAUGUGUAAUAUGUGCUCCAGCUGUGAAGUUGCCUCUAGAUUUUCAAAAAGAUUCUGAAACCGUUGGAAAUGAGUCUACAUUUGUAUGUGAAAAGUGUGGGAAGUGCUGCAAAUAUUGUAAAAAUAUUACAAGUCAAAAAAAUUCCCAAAUCCAUGAGCAACCAUACCAAUGUGAUCAUUGUGAUGCCAAUUUUAAACAGUGGGUAGGUUUAAAGAAUCACCAAUAUGUUCACAAUAGUGAUAAGCCGUAUGCAUGUGACACGUGUGGGACAAGUUUCAAACAGUCUAGAGUUUUGGAAACUCAUAAAAGGAUUCAUUCUAACGUGAAGCCAUAUGUAUGUGAUGUUUGUAAUGCAGCAUUCAAACAGUCAUCACACUUGAAACAACACAAACGAAUCCAUACAAAUGAAACUCCUUAUGCUUGUGAUAUGUGUAGUGCGGCUUUCAAACAAUCGGUCCACUUAAAACAACACAGACGUGUUCACACCAAUGAAAAACCAUAUGUAUGUGAUGUGUGCCCAUCAGCUUUCAAGCAGUCUGAACAUCUAAAACAACAUAAAAGAAUUCACACAAAUGAAACUCCAUAUGCGUGUGAUAUGUGCAGUGCAGCUUUCAAACAGUCUGUUCACCUGAAACAACACAGACGUAUUCAUACUAAUGAAAAACCAUAUUCAUGUGAUCUUUGUGGUGCAGCUUUCAAACAGUCAGAACAUUUAAAAUUGCAUAAACGAACCCACACAAACGAGAAACCAUAUGCAUGCGACCUUUGUAGUGCAGCUUUCAAACAGUCAGCUCACUUAAAACAACAUAAACGAACUCAUGCUCCAGAAAAAGUGAUGUCUCAAACAUUUUGUCAUUUGGAAUCACACUAAAACCUUUGUCAUGGGUAGUUACUAUUGUGUAGGCUUCAAUUUGUUUGGAAGUAGAUUUUUUGGAAAGUGGAAAUGUUUUGAUGCUUCAGUGCUUUUUAUGAAUUAAAAUUUUAAUGUAGUAAAAUAAAAUUUCAUUUCGAUAGUUCUAUGUUACUGGACAAUGAAGGUAAUGUAAUGAGAAUCUUUCUACAAGUAUGGAAGAGUUUGCUAAUAAAAUGUGUAUUUAUUGUCUUUGAAGUUCGAUGAAUUGUGUUCUGGUUAGUCGUUGCUUUGGAAUAUCAUUGCCAUUAUGGCAAGCUGUGAAGUUUCUUAAUUCUGAUAAUGCAAUCUCAUGUAAUCUUAUUUACUUUUUAGUUUUCCUAAUCAGUAACUGUCUUGUGCAGUUACCACAAAUAACUAAGCUAUUGAAUUGUGUGAAUUGGUUCCUUGCACAUGUGGACUACGCGAUUACGGUACCAGUAAAAUACUGACACAGUUCCGGUAUAUCGCAAUGUUUUAACAGCCUCUGAUGCCAUGGAUUAUAUACGAUACACCAGCGUCGUGUCCACCGCUACUUUUGGGCUGUAGAACCGCGAUCUAUUCGGUCUACUUGUCUCGUUUGCAUCUACUCGUUUCGCAGUCACCGACCUUGACGACACGACACCUUCACUCAACCCCCGUCGCCAAUUCCGGAGUAUUUUGCGAUUUUUUACAGCUGUCACAGUGUCAUCCAAUCGGGAGCUUACAAGUCACUACAGUAUGGUUCUUUUACUACAUUAAAAUUUUAAUUCAUGAAAAACCAAACACACAAUGGUGCCGUUCAACCUUUCGAUUGGAUGAGCUGAUUUACAUCGGACAACUCUAAAUAAAGUAUAUGCGUCAUCCCCGUUUACGGCCUAAACAAUUACCCUGAAAUGUGGAAUGGAACACUGGACCUCUUACUUAAUAAGUUCAGCAAAAGAGCUUCGGCCACCCUACGGACCGCUCUUAAUGUCCGCCGCCACUCCACUGUAGGCGCUACUCUUGAAUGAAGCCACUUCGUAUUUUGUGAGGAAAUCCUUGAAAACUGUUUCGGUGCAAUGAAGGAUAUGCGUUACAAGAAAAACAAUCAUUUAGGGCCGGUUUCACCAACAGCCGAGUAAAGUUGAAAAGGUGAAAAAGAAAUUUACAAGUCCUCAACAGUUUAUAAUGUACCUGAUGAUGUUAACACCUGAUUUGGGCAGACAACCUCGUGACAAAUUCUCGAUAGCCAUAAUUGGAAAACCAAUCCAUUUUAUCCCGCGCCUUUUGUCUUCGAGGGACGCUAGAGACUAAUCCCGAAUCAUCGCUGGAGUCGCCUUCAAAUACCAUCAUUCGUAAUUAUCCAGCCAUAACAAAACGCCGGAGGUACACACAUGUUGAAAUCUGAGCUUACUUCGUACUUUAUUCGACAGAUUUUCGCCGUGUAAAGUUACUCUCGAAUUUACUCUCGUGCAAGCGAUUUACACUCGAUUAAAGCUCUGACUGAAACGCUCCAAGAAGUCACUUUCGAGUAAACAUGACUUACUCCUCUUAUUCUUUGUUUGGUGAAACCGACCCUUGGAAUAUGACAGAAAUUUAAUCAAACAAAAAAUUUGCCAAAUGAACAUUUUGUAGAGCUAAACUAUUGUAAAUUUAUAGGUAAAUUACAGCUGUCCAAAGCGCGGCUUCGCAAAUAAAAAUUGAAAUUUCAGCUUCUCUGUACUUCAAUACAGUCUUGCUUCAGUGGCUUCAAAAGCCAAGGUUCCAACCGUAGCUCGGUUUGAAACACGUCACCGCCCUUUUCCCUUUCGCCUUUCGGUGACGUUAUCUCGGCGUCUCUGGUCUCGGGCAGCUGGGAAAAGGCCGUUAACCCAGACGUCCUGCAGACAAUGACCCCGUGUUCGUCGACACCUCUGAGCGUUGAGCACGGGUAUCGGAGUAAUACAUACGUUACGUCAUUUGUUUUGCACCAGUUUAUCAGUCUUUGACGAGUGCGACAGAUCACGGCAGUUUUAGGACCGUUUUCUAAUUAAUAUGCGCACGCAAGGAACUACUCGCAAGAGUUUACUGCGGCCGCGAUUUUAAAGCAUUCUGCGAUCAAUCAUGUCUCAGAGAUGCCCGAACACGACUUUUAUGAUUGGCAAUCUUUAAAAAAAUGAGGGCGCUCGAGCGCUAUCUCUGCUUCCGGCGGCUCGACAAGGAAAUUUGAGAUCGAUGUCCCCCAACAGAUGCUAUUAAUGAAGUCUCCCCAGCGGAGACUACCAGCCAACUUUUCUCCUCGUAAGUUCCGAUUUCACGUAGCUUCAACCCCUUGUCUCUGUUCGUAAGCCUGUCUUCCAAUUGGACUCGACGUAUUACGUUCUAAUUUUUUUCAGCCAAUCCCUGUAUGGCUUCUUUAACUUCUAGAAAUGGAAUUUGCCACUGGGCGCUCUCUAACAGUGUUUAUGCUGGGUGGUCUACGGCGUAGUUUCGGAAUACAGCUUCACGAUUUGGGUGCGUUGUAGCUUGCCCUUAUUAUUUUUUUGGAAUCGGGGACAAUGCUUAUAUUGCGGGGAAUUUUUCGAUACUGUGCAGUUCCUAUAAUUGAAUUCGAUCAGAAGCAGACUUUGGAUUGGUAGUGGUGGGUGGCUGGGUGUAAACGGGAAGCGUGUUUUCGACGCAUAUUCAACUUAGGCGGACCGGCGCCAGCCGUGGGGGCAGGCUCCCAUGGGACUGGAGGGGGCUGGGUUUAUGCAUCUGGGCGUCUCCCGGUUCCCCAACAUGGCGAUUCGCUUGUUACUACGCAAGAUUUAUGCGUUUUACACAUAUGAAAGCUUUCUUUAGUUUGAUGAGAGUAUUCUUGGUCGUAAUUACCCCUGCACGACCUCUGGGCCGCCACGAUAAAUUCUUACCUUUGAUUAUUUUUUUUAUUUAUUACAGCCCACUCGUCUAUCAUUUACCCCAAGACCCUGACAACAUAAACAAUACUUUUAUACACUUGUAAAUUAAAACCCUUAAUUUCACUAUUAGACUAUUCGCUACUUCUAAAACAUAUGUUUAUCAAAAUACACAAUUAGUAAAUUUUAUAUGUACCUAACAAAACAACAAACAAUGCAAUGGUGCCUUCAGUUUGGGCUAUAAUGAUAUCGAAAUAUAAGAAGAAAUCUUGAAAAAUGUAGCACUGGAUAAAAUAAUAUGUGCCACUCAAGAGUAAAACUAUUUUAUUCUUUCAUGAAAAUUAGCCCCCCUCGACCCCAAGUAUCGCCCUACGGGUCCAACUUUCUACUUGGGAAUAAAAUCUUAUUUCACUCUUAUACCAUUCAUUUCUAAUAUCAAUGUACUAUGCAAUAAAAAUUAUUGUGUUGCCAAGAACAAUGAAAUAAAUUAAGAUGUACAGAACUGUAAUAAAAUACAUAUUGUAAAGUCAAAUUUAAUCAUAUCAUCAAUCUGACUUGACAGGUAAUUAAAAGAAAAAACAGUACUUUAUACUAUGUAAGUAAUAUGUGAAAAAGCAACUUAAGUACUGAAGUAUCCAUUUCCUAAUCAUCUUCAUUGCUUUAAUAAAAGUUCUUGAAAAUCUACUUUACAAUUUGAUGGUGGUGAAUCUGUCCCCCUUAACUCCUUUGUAAGUUUAAUAUUUGGAAUCAUGAAUUACAAAUUCAAAAUCUAUUAUAUGUUGUUGUUUUGUAUAUUGAUGGAAUAAUUGUCUACCUUUCAUUACAAUAAAUGACA